UCUAAAUUCAAAUAUCGGUAUAAACUAUUCUUUCAUUUUCACCAUCGCCUCAACACGGUGCGCAACGCAUAAUGUAUUUUUGAAUUUGGAAUAAUAAAAUUGUUAGUUUUAGUGGCCAGUAUGGAUAUGUUCAAGUUUGUAUUGUACGUGUAUUUCUAUAUUGUGGUGGUGUGUCCGAAUGAGAUAUUGAGUCAAGAACAUGGGAGACCAUCAUUGGUCCCACAUGGUAACAAAGGGCACGACCAAACCCACGAACGUCCCUGCGAUGUCUGCCCCCGCCACGGACGGUGCGUGCCUAAGAUCCAGUGCCCAGCCCACAGAAGACCUGGAACCAGCAACCCGCUGUGCCAUCUAGCGGGCCAGAGGGAUCUACUUGGAGUCUGCUGUUUCACUGGUAGCCUACAUGCUGCCGAAGCUGAUCUAAAAGCCCGUGCGGCUACUUCAGUACCAGCUGAAGAUGUGAAGACAGCUCACGCGGCUUCACGGCAGAAGCUUGCAGAAUGGCUCAGCAAGGCUAUGAGGCUGUUGAAAGAGAGGCACGUGCUGGUUAAUAGCACUGCGCCAAGCUUCGCGCAUCACUUGUCUGUGAUGACAUAUGACGAUCGAGCAGAAAAGCUGGGUCUGGGUGCGCUGCUGAACCUGUUUGCAGCCCAAGAGUUGAAGUCGCGGCAGGCCUUCUCUGAUGACGACCUGGCGCUGGGGCUCACUGGGAAUACUGAUGGUCCAUUUUGUCCACCGCCCCCAUCAUGCCCGAACCCACCCAGCCGCUACCGCAGUAUCGAGGGGGAGUGCAACAACCCAGAGUUCCCCACUAGAGGCGCCGUUCACACUGAAUACGAGAGACUUCUUCCACCGGACUACAGUGAUGGAAUCUGGGCGAUGCGAGCCUCUACCACGGGUCUUCCCCUCCCCAGCGCUCGAGUAGUCAGCCAGAGUUUGCUUAUCGACGCCAACCGCCCAAGCAACACCCACAACCUCAUGUUCAUGCAGUUCGGGCAGUUCAUAUCACAUGAUGUUAGUGCCGGCGUCGUGUUUACUAUCGGAAACGGAAGCGCGAUCUCCUGUUGCGCUGGCGACGGCGAGGUCCCACUUCCUGAAGACCAGCAGCACUGGGGCUGCGCACCUAUCGACACCCCACCUGAUGAUCCAUUCUACGGGACCUUCCGUCAGACGUGCCUCAACUUCGUCAGAGCCCAGCUGGCUCCGGCUAGCGACUGCUCUGUAGGCUAUGCUAAACAGAUGAACGGUGCCACCCACUACGCUGACCUAUCCCAGCUGUACGGAAACUCUCGUUCCAAACCCGGGCAGCUCCGAGCGGCCGGUGGUUUCCUCAACACGUUCAACGACUACGGGAGGGCUCUACCCCCUUUGACUAGGAGAGGGGAGUGCGUGACUACCAACCAAGGAGCGGCAUGUUUUGAAUCAGGCGACAACCACGGCAACCAAGUGAUCUCCCUCACCCUUCUCCACACCAUCUUCACCAGAGAGCACAACCGCGUGGCCCAGGCCCUGUCCAGGUUCAAUCCCGACUGGGACGAGGAUACAGUCUUCUUGGAAGCCAGGCGCAUCUUGCAGGCGGAGUUCCAGCAUAUUAUUUAUAAUGAAUGGCUGCCGCUACUGUUAGGUCCACGUUUAGUCCAGGCGUUCGGGCUGUCCCCAGCUGGCGGCUAUUCCACGUCGUAUGACUCUCAUAUCAAUCCAGCGCUUACCACGGAAUUUUCUACCGCGGCCAUGAGAUUCGGACACUCUGUCGUUGAUGGGAAACUGGUAAUCCCCAGCCCGGCGAAAGGCACCGUGUACGAGACAAUCUCGCUCCCAGAAGUGAUGUUCCAGCCAUCUCGCCUGCGCCUGCGACCCUUUCUCGACCGCGCACUGACAGGACUCUCGUGGCAACCCAUGCAAUCCGUCGAUCCUUUUGUCACUGAAUCUUUAACCCGUUACCUGUUCCACGGAGGCAACCCCUUCGGCUUAGACCUGGCGGCCAUCAACAUACAGCGCGCACGUGACUACGGCGUCAGAUCAUACAACAAUUAUCGCGAGCUCAUUGGAUUAAAGCCGUAUGGUGACUUCAACCAGUUUCCUCCUAGCGCCGCAAACCGUCUGUCCUCGGUCUACUCCAACCCCGACGACAUCGACCUCUGGAUCGGUGGUCUACUAGAAGAGCCAGUUGACGGCGGUAUCGUCGGAGCGACCUUCGCCAACAUCAUCGCUGACCAGUUCUCCAGGAUGAAGAGAGGAGACCGCUACUUCUACGAGCAUGGGCCUGACGUGAACCCUGGAGCUUUUACUCCUGGUCAAUUAGCUGAAAUAAAGAAGGUUACCCUGUCCAGAAUAAUUUGUGACAACAAAGACGGAAUUGAGCUCUUUUCACAACCUCCUAGUGCUUUCUUAAGGGCAGAUUUACCUGGAAACGAGCCGGUGCCUUGCGACAGCCCACUCAUUCCAACAGUGGACCUCAGCAGAUUUAGAGAUAUUUAGUUAAUAAGCUCUUGCGAUCUGGAACAUCAAAUGUUUCAUG